UGCUGAGCAGGUGUAUAAUGGAGUGGUCAUGGGGCAAGUGCAGGUAUGUUUGACUGAGAAUGUGCUGUUAGGUUCGGAAAGUGAGGCGGUCGGAAUAAAGUUUGGCCUGAAGGACGGUCCCGAGGAGGGAAGAGAGAGGAAACAGACAGGUGUUAUGAGGUGUUACGUUCUGGGAAAUGGCAGCGCUGGCACUUACCUUUGAUUGAAUCAACUAUCAGAACUGAUAUCAGGAAAGGCUGCGUGAUGGUAGUUGUCCCUCACUCAGACUGUGUUGCCAAACUGUUCAUAGCUUUCCUUGUCCCCCCUCCUCUGCUCUCUCGCUCUUCCUUGCCCCGUGUUUGCACCCGCCUCUUCCCAGUCGAAGCCUCCCACAUUCCGUUCUUCUAUAUUCUUGUAUGUUGUCUGUCGUGCAGGGCUGUGUCUUUCCACCCUCGAUUUGCUAUCGUUGUCUUCAUCAUCCCCGAAUUUCUAGCAUUCCUGGCUUUUCCUCAUUUUCUUACCUACUAGCCAGCCUGCUUUCUGUGUUCCUGUUCUGCGCCGUUCUGCCUCACUGUUGGUGUUCCUGUUCCGCGCCGUUCCGCCUCACUGUUGGUCUCUGCGUUGCAGAGAGCAUGGCGAGGUCCAUCUCAUGGCAGUGUUCCGGAUGGAAUGAUGCACUGCAUCUAGGGUACCCUCGCCCAGCCUCUGGACCUGCACAGGGCACCCUGUGCAGGCGGAAAGGCGGCCCCUUUUUUUGUUUGGGAGGAGGUUUUCUGCACACGGCCAGAGGAGCUGAAAUCCGCGCUCCUUUCUCUACGAGUGAUGGCUGUCAAGGGGCUGGAAGGGUUUAAACUUCGAAGGGAGGUGCCCUGUCUGAUUCUGGUGUUGUUUUCUGUUUUAUGUUCUCGCUUCGGUGAGGAAUUCUCAUGUCGCCGGUAGCCAAAAGUCGUUUGUGUUGCAAUUCUACCACACUUUUUCUGAAAAAAAUAAUUUUUAACUUUCUUUCUUUUGCGCUGGGGCUGCCCGAGGGUCGGGUACCCGGGCAUGUAUGCGGGCAGAAGUUAGCUGCCCGGGUGCCCAGACGAACAGCCUUGCACUGCAUGCAAUUCCCAGUACGGUUCCUUGCAUUUGCUGCUCUCAAGUAUCGGAUGGGGGUUUAUACGGGCUGUGCUCCUGGGAUAUACCAACUUUUUUUUUUUUUUUUUUGAUAUACCAACUUGAUAUGUGCAUGUACAAAGGAGUUCUCUUGUUUUCAUGGUUGAAAGCAUUCUUUCACUUUGAGUGCAUGCGUUAUGUGAGCAGAGAAAACGCGAUACGUAGGCGUCUUGAAUGAAUGUAGGUCUUUCCAUGCAGUGCAGUCUGGUGAUACUUGCGUACUUGCUGUCUGCCCGGCUUACCCUGUAUGGUUAUAUACAAACACAUUGUAGAAUCUGAUGAAACGUUUUAAGGAAUCUCUCUGCAGUAUAGAAGUGGAGUCGGGGGAAUUCGGCAUUUCGAUCACGUCCAAUAUCAUGUCUCCUCAGACAGGAUAGUACUGAAGAGGACCACCGGACGGAAACUGACAGGGCUGAUGAGAUGAAAUCACAUAUAUAGGACAGUUUGUGGUUGUGUAUGAACCUGUAUAAACAUCCCACCGGUUGUUUUGGAAUCGUUUCUGGUCUCGAUAACAAUUGCUUGUUGUCUUGUGGAGCCCUUCGAUUCUACUUUGCUCUUGGUAAUAAAUUAAAAAUGCAUAA